AUGUCUAACGAGCCACCCCCUCCAUAUCCUGGGGGUCCCACAGCCCCCCUUCUGGAGGAAAAAAGUGGAACCCCCUCAACCCCAGGCCGAGCUUCUCCCCCUGUGAUGCAGCCCCCCCCAGCCAUGCCUCUGCCUCCAGCAGACAUCGGUCCCCCGCCCUACGAGCCACCCAGUCACCCAAUGCCCCAGCCUGGCUUUGUUCCCCCCCACGUGAACCCAGACGGCGCCUACGUGCCUCCAGGUUUCUACCCACCUCCAGGCCCCCACCCAGCCAUGGGCUACUACCCACCGGGGCCCUACCCACCUGGGCCCUACCCUGGCCCCGGGGGCCACACGGCCACGGUCCUGGUCCCUUCAGGGGCUGCCACCACGGUGACAGUGCUGCAGGGAGAGAUCUUCGAGGGUGCACCCGUGCAGACGGUGUGUCCCCACUGCCAGCAGGCCAUCACCACCAAGAUCUCCUACGAGAUCGGCCUGAUGAACUUCGUGCUGGGCUUCUUCUGCUGCUUCAUGGGAUGUGACCUGGGCUGCUGCUUGAUCCCCUGCCUCAUCAACGACUUCAAGGAUGUGACCCACACGUGCCCCAACUGCAAAGCCUACAUCUACACGUACAAGCGCCUGUGCUAACGGAGCUGGACUCAACCCCGCUUGUCAGUCUGGUCCUUGUGCUUCGCUCCGUGUGCUCAGUGGCCUGCUCCUCCUCCCACUGGGGCUGGAAACCUUCUCACCGGUCCCCAGGAUGUUCUGUCCUCUUUGCCUUGCCCUACCCAAGC